AUGGAUGAGGAACAUCUUCACGACGACCUGCGCGUUUUUCAAGAGAGAAACUUCUUCCAGCAGAACCUGAGAUCCUUUUUUAUCGUUUACUUGCUACUGGGCCUCUGCUUCUUGCUGAUCGUCACCCUGUUCCCCGUGUCGUUCUCCAAAGUUUCAGCCCUUUCCUCGAAACUCAACGAGGUGCACCCGGAACAGAAACAGAACCUUUCGGACAGGGAUUCUCUGUUGUUUCCCUGCGGACCCAGAUCCCGGGAAUGGGAAUACUUUGACGGAAAAUGUUACUACUUCUCCCUAACCCGAACGAGCUGGUACAAGGCGAAGGCUCAGUGCGAAGAGAUGCGCUCGCAGUUGGUGAUUAUUAACAGCUACGCCAAGCAGAAUUUUGUCAUGUUCAGGACAAGGAAUGAGCGUUUCUGGAUCGGGCUCACGGAUGGGAAUUCGGAAGGGGAAUGGGAAUGGAUCGACGGGACCGAUUAUAAAACCACCUUCACAUUCUGGAAGGAGGGAGAACCCAACAACAGCGGCAACAACGAAGAUUGUGCCCACGUCUGGAUCUCCGGGAGGUGGAAUGACGUUUAUUGCACCUACGAGUGCUACUACGUCUGCGAAAAGCCUCUGCCCCACUGA